UGUCAAAGUCAAUAUUAAGAAGAUAAAUUCUCGCAAGUAAAUCUAAUUCAAAGCAUAAUAGUUUACUGUUUUUAAUUUAAAAAAAAUGCGGAGAAAAUCCAAUGUAUCAAUAAUAUAAUUCUUCUGCUAAUUUGGGAAGAAAUCGAGCAGUAGAAUAAGAAACAAUGGGCAAAGAGAAUCGUUCGAAGAAUAAAGAUGCCAUCAAAUCAAUGCUUAAGAAGUCCAUCAAUAAUACACUUAAAGGAUCACGAACUUUUACGCCUUGCAAUUUACAAAUAGCAAAAAGUAACAUACUUUUAUUAAAAAAUAAAAGUUCAUAUCACAAUGUACUGAAGAAAACUGAUAAAAUGAUGAAGGAUCAUUGCAUGGAAACAGACUUUUGUGUACUGAGACGGUAUUACAAAGCUAAAAAAAAUAAAAUCACCAAAAAGGAAACAUUAAAUUCAAGAUCUAAAUAUUCCGUUAAUAAAGAACCCAUUUUAGAUGGAUUUGAAAAAUCUAAAACAGAUAGCAGCGCAUGUGGAGAUAGUAAACAACCGAUAACUAUUAAUGAUAUUGAAGAUUUUAAUGCUAAUCUGACAAAUCUAGUCAUAAACAACUUAAACAAAUUACUAAGAGAUUGGAUAAAGAAUUAUUUAUUUAACAAUGACGAUACUAAAAAGAAAAUACAAAUUAUUCUCGAUUCAAUGCUUAAUAAGUUAGAAGGAAAGAAUAAUUAUGUGUCGUCGUGUUCUACCUACACAGUUGACAUACGAAUAAAGGAAUCAAAUUCAAAAACUAAUUCAGAUUCUAAUUUAGAGACGUCACAAAGUUUUAAAAUUGAUUGUUCUUCAAGAGGAGGUGAAAUAGAUAUACCUAAAUGUAAAACAUUUUCAAGUAUUACAGUUCCUAUGGCGAUAAGACAUUUUUCUAUAAUUUCAACGUUGAGCGUACCAAGAUAUUUCCAUACUUGUCAUCAAAAAAUGAAUAAGAAUAAAUUAUGCCGUUCACGUACUAAAGUAAAGAGAUGCUACAAAAAGAAUAUAAUGCUUACAUUAAGCAGGUCUAAUGGAAUAAUUUCAAACUCAUCGAGUAUUGAUUUUUUGGAGAUAUCAACGAAAUCUUUGACAAAACAUUUUGCAGCUUAUAGAGAUAAGAACAUGAUUAAGAGAAGCUCAAAGAAGCGAAGAAUAGUUUUCAUACCAAGUUCUUAUUGCAAAUUUCCGGGUUCUACAUCAGUGACUAAUAUUAAUGAAGAAACUUUAAUUAGAAAAUUAAAACCAAAUGAAAGGAGACAGCCUUUAGAUACUCUACCUAGUUUGGUUAAAACUAUUUUUACUGAUGAUUUAUGCACCAGUACCGAUGAAAGUGUCGAGAAAAAGGACAUAAGUAUAGUAACCGACGAACAAAUAUCCAGAAAAGAAGAAAAAAAUACGAAGCAAGUUCGUGAAAAUUCAACCAAUAUGUCUCCAUGUAAAACAUCUAACGCUGCCACGGGUAAUGAACCAUCCCGACCACAAUCCCCACAAAGUAAACCAAAGGCUCCUAUUAAACGUCUUACUAUUUCUGACAAUAAUACAUCGAUUGUAAACGUCAAAUCAGACGACAGAGCUAAAGUAGUGAAAUCAUUCAGUUGUAAAGCAUGUUUUAAUGACAAAUUCGAAGAGGACAAAAGGGGUCCUCCUUUACUAACGAUUGAUUUUGUAAACGCAGAUAAAUGUAAUACAUGUCGCAAAGAUGGCUUAGUUGAAACAGCAUCAGUCAUCCGUCGGAUAAAUUCGCUAAGGAAAAUAUUUGGUAAAAAGAAAGAAUGCUGUAAGAAAAAACCAGAAGCACAAAAUUCGGUGGAGUUCGACAAAAUCAAACAUAAACGUUUUUGUUAUGUUCACAAGAAAUCCAAUCCCAAAUUGAAUACAUGUGAAUUUAUAAAUCAUUUUCAAAAUUUAUUUAACUAUUUUGCCACUUACAAAGGUAAAAGAAAUAUCAAAUUAGACAUUCGUAUCAAUGUAUAUCCAACAUUUGAAGGUGGAUCGUGUCGUAACUUGUCCAAAGAUAAUAAAAAGCCGUGUCAAAAAUGUAAUACUGACACAGAAAAUUCAAGCACUACAUCUUUUGGUUCGAGACACUCAUUGUUCAAAAGUAACUCAAGCACUAAAAUAACACAUUGCUGCAAUUGUGCUCCCAAACUUAUAUCAAUUUUUGAAGACAAAUUUAAUGAUAGGAAGACGAAAGAAAGGAUGGAAACUAAAACAUCUCAUUUUAAAGAUAGCUGUGAUAUUAAAAAAGAUAUAAGUAACAAAAUAACUACAACAGCUGAUUUAGAAAUCGCGCAAGAAGUUUUCCAACUCCGAAAUAUAAUUAAAGAUUUGGCAGUCACAGCAGAGAAAUUUGUGAAUGAACAUCUGAAGACCACAAGUUUAAAAACAGAUAAUAAAAAAUCUAACCUCGAUCAGACGAUAUUGUUUAGUACUAAUAUGGAGAGCGUCCAAACAACGUCUAAAGAUGACACAGUAAAACCAAAAGAAAUAGAACGUCGUCCAUCAAAAGAAACUCAAAUAACUAAUAAUGCAUCAUGUCAAAAUCUUCCUGCUAUAAAAGUAAAGAAAGAUGUUAAGAAAAAUAUUAGAGACUUCCACGCUCGUCUUAUGAAGAAAAGUACUUCAUAUAAUGUUAUUGAUAGUGAAACUAUUCUGAAAGUAACUGACAUGACUUCAGCAGCUCAAGCGAUACACCUCAAUUCUGUCACCGAUGAAGCUUUAACAUGCUCUUUACCUAAAUGUAAAUCUUUGUACGACAUAUCUGUUGAUUCAAAUAAGAAUAAGUUGGUUGCAUUUUAUUGUGAAGAACUGAUUACGAAACUUGAUAAUGAAAAUGUGCAUAAAGCACCUUCACGGGGUCUUACAUCUCAAGCACAAAAAACUAUUUAUCCUGACAAAGAUAAAUCUUCAACAAACAUUACUUCUAAUGAUAAACAGAAAAGCAUAAAUAAAGAAGUGGAUUGUACGAAAUGUUUACCGAAUGUUGAUAAUUAUGAUACGAAUAGUUAUUCAUGUUCAUCUGUUUUCAUUAAUGUUAACGAUAAAUCAACUGAGAAUAAAAUUAAAAUACGUACGCGUCGAUCUAUUGGUUUUAAAGAAGGUUCAUUGUACUGCUUAUUGCUUUGGAUACCAGUAAUUGUGAUUAUGUGGUUGUUAUACACUUAUAUUAUCAAAGAUAAACUUAAACCUAAAUUAUUUUCAUUCGAUAAGUUGUCGAGAUCAUUAGAUUUUGGAAAAAAUGGAUCUCGUCUUAGUAUUACAUUGUCCGAUUUAGGAUUUUAGUUGUAAUGUUUGUAUUGGUUUGGAAAAUAAAAAACGUUAAUGUGUUUA